UUUGAGGAUGUGACUACACCUACUAAAUUAGCAGUUAAAAAUCAUUUGUUUGUGUGACAGGCAGGCUGAAUCUUAUUCUCAACACUGAUGUUGUCAAAAGUAUGCUAUAACCAGAACAGAUUAAAUUCAGUUUAAUAUGUUUGUCUCUGACUCCAAGCAGGGUUUUAUGCACUCCAGUCAACAAUAUUACUGGAUCGGACUCUCCUAUAAUGAAGAAAGUGGGGACUGGAGGUGGGAGAAUGGCUCUGCUUUUUCCUGGGAUCUAUUUUCAUCACUUGAAACUCCAGACCCAAAGAAAUGCAUAGUGUAUGAGCCAAUGAACGGUGCUAUGGAUGAACUGUGUGAAAGAGAGAAUCGUUACAUCUGUAAACAACAGCUUAUUUAA